CUUCUUCCUGCGCUCUCCGGAAAUAGAUGAGAAACAUGGCGUCGCGCAGGACGGACAGAACGGAAGACGCCUCAUCCAAAGCUGGACAUGUCUCCAAACUCGACCUCCUGCUCCAUCCCGAGCUUCUUUCUCACGAGUUCAUUCAGCUCGUGUUACGCGAGAGGAAGAUAGCAGUGGGCGAUGAAGAGGACCGCGAGCGGCUCACAGAUCUGUACCUGCGGCAUGUCGUUCCUCUCCCGCAGAGGGAUCUGCCCGGCAGCCGCUGGGGGAGGAGGAUGGAGAGGAGCCGAGCGCGCCAGAGCAACACCGGGGCGUACAGUUCAAGCAGUGACUCUGGCAGGAAGAGGCCGCUGAUAGUGUUUGACGGCAGCUCUACUAACACUGGCGGUGUAAAGCUGAAGAAAUCCGACCCUUCACCGGCACCUGUCACCACAGACCGACUGAAGCCCCCGGUUUCCAGCAUCAGUCUCUCCAACCCCAUACGCAAACUCUCUGGGACCUCUACGAACUCGUCCUCAAACUCCUCUAACAGGACCCCAGUGUCUUCGCCGGGGGACAGUCCCAAGAGCCCCUGUAAUCACUCCAAAACGGCCAACUCCUCGCUGCACUCAAACAACACCACGUCUAAACUAAAGCGCGCGUCCCCCGGCGACGGAGAACCCGACGCUAGUAAGGACAUCAAGUCGCCCGAUACAAAGAAAAAGAUUCAACAUAUCACAUGGCCGUAACCUGCAGUCGUCUGGGAUGGACGGUUAACGGCGCCGACGUCGUCCGCUGGGUCUCUGAGGCGAAGAUAGACGCGUGAUGAGGCAGGAGAAUUAGAAAGAUGGGUUUACACACCGGCCUCAGGAAAGGUGACGUGAAAUGUGACCCUCUGGUUUAUUUCACACUAGGAAACGCCUCGGCUUUCGACUUGAUGUGCGGCGAAGGAACUGAGACAUUCCUAGCAGUUUUAUGUUGGACUGGUCGGUUUUUCACUUUUUUAGCAAUACUUUAUAGAGUAGUUUUCUUGCGAUGGGCAAACGUCCCGUUGUGAGUGGAUCACGUUGGCGAAUCGAACCCACUGGGAGGAACUGGAUGGAGAACGGACGAGCUUUCCAGUGCUCUGCGGGGGUUUUUUUACCGGUAUAGAAGUAUUGGCAGUAACCGGAUGUGCUUUGACUGAUUGGCGUUUUGAAGAAAUCUCUUAUUUCUCCAAGAAAAUGCUUGCAUUGAUCAGCUUUCUAGAUGGGGAUAGGCCUGUUGAAGUACGUUGGUAAUUAUCAGGUAAACCCCUUGGCCGGUUUUGUAUUUCUAGCCCCCCCCAACGGGCCAAAAUGAAGUUGCGAUGUUUGUUGCACCAUGCGUUGUGUUUAAGUGAAAAAGCGAUAUAAAGGGUGUUUCACGUGUUCAGUGUUUUAGUGGUGGUCUUUUCAAGACAUUAUGAAUUGAGUUUUUAUUGAACUGCAUGGAAUGUUCCUCAGUGACAAUAAGCCUGAUCUAAUAAAUGGCUGAGAGCAAUGA